AUGAGACACGUGAGAUCGUGCGAGUCAUGCCAUGAAACUGGAUGGAAGGGUGACGAUAUGAAGAAAAGAGGUAAGCAGAAGCAUGACUCUGUUUCCUUGGAAGAUGUGAAGAAUUCCUGCAAAGAACCGAUGGAGGAGACGGAGAGGCAGUGCCCAGGGCUCACUGGCCUGUGGAAUCUGGGCAACACAUGCUACAUGAACGCAGUUUUGCAGUGCCUCUGCAGCGUGCCACCGCUCGUGGAGCAUUUCCUCUCGGGAAAGUACAAAACAGCCCUAUGCGAGGAGAAUGGUGAGUUUGCGACUGCCUUUGGCUGUUUGAUGUCCGAUAUGUGGUGUGGAGAGUUUGACUGUGUUUCCCCAAGGGAUUUUCAUUCAGCCCUUGGGAAGCGGUACCCAACUUUUAGCAAGAGAACUCAGCAGGAUGCGCAGGAGUUUCUGAUCUGUGUGCUCAGUGAGCUCCAUGAGGCUCUCAAGAAGUCAAGCAGAGACAGACAUAUAGCCAAUGCAAAAGCAAGCAGAGGGAGCGUCAGCGAAACAUCUAUUGUCACACAGUUGUUUGAGGGACAGCUCAGUUACGAUAUCACGUGUCUGGAAUGCAAGACCACCACCAAUCGACCCGAGAGCUUCACUGUUCUUUCCCUGCCCAUCCCUUCCAAGAACACAUGCUCUCUGCAGGUACGACUUCUAAGGCAUAAAUGUGUGUGGGAAUAGGACACACUAACUCAGAACAACCAAAUCCACUGUUCCUCGUGUGGAACUAAACAAGAUGCUGAAGUAAAGGGCACUAUAACCAAGGCACCGCAGAUCAUUAUUUUUCACCUGAAGAGGUUUGAAUGGCAAGGCAGGCACAGAAGGAAACUGUCUACUGACAUCUGCUAUCCGCUCAGCAAUCUGGAUCUCUCUCCAUACAGUUCCCCACCUUUCUGCACGGAGGCAGCGUACAGCCUGUGUGCUGUAGUGAACCACUGUGGUUUUCUGGAUGAUGGGCACUACACGGCAUUCUGCAAGCACUCAGUCACCAAAACCUGGUACAGCUUUGAUGACGCACAGCUCACCAGCAUCCCAGACUCCUCAGUGCAGAGCAACAAAGCUUACCUCCUGUUCUACGCCUGUCAAGACCUGCCCUACAGUCAAUAA